GAUCCGGAUGUUAUACCUAUUAUUUCCUGUAUUUUUGACGUUUUGCUUACUAAUUCUUCUCUUACCUGCUUACUGCCGAAUGAACAGUUGAACGAAUCACGACGAGCAAUGAAAAAAUGGAAUUAUUAUUUUGUCGUGUAUAUUUGCAGAUCCUAAUUAUAAGCAUUCUGAAAGAAGUUACAGAUUCCUGCAGUGAAAAUUGCCUAGUUGGAAAAUCACACUGUGACUCCUCUACUGGUUCCUGUUGGUAUGGAUGUAAACCAGGCUGGAGUGGUGACCAGUGCCAAAAUAAUUGUUCCAUUCCGGACUGUUUAGAAUGUUACCACAAUGAAAACAAUACAGAAAUAUGUGAUCGAUGUAAAAUAGGAUGGUAUGGUGACCAUUGUGAGAAUACAUGUAAUGAUAAAUGUUUGUCGAGUCGGUGUAAUGCUGUAGGUGAUUGUGUGUUUGGUUGUAAGUCACACUGGACAGGGAAGAAAUGUAAUGAGCAAUAUUGUAAUUUUGAAUUUUGUUUACAGUGUGGAUUUUCAUCUGUAUAUUACAUACCUAUUUGUACAAAGUGUAUUGAGGGAAAGUUUUAUAGUUAUGGGGAAAACAAAUGUGUUAAUUGUAGUGACAAAUGUAUAGGAGGAAAUUCUGAAUGUAACCAGACCACUGGGAUAUGUUAUAAUGGUUGUGAAAAGGGAUUUUAUGGAACAAACUGUGACCGGGUUUGUAGUAUUAAUCAUUGUGAUCAGUGUGUUUUAGCUAAAACACAUGGGGAUACAGCCAAAUGUGGUCGCUGCUCUCAAGGCUGGUACCCUAGUAACUUGAUUUGUACAGAGUGUAGCCUGCAUUGUAAUGGGGGAAUCAGUAAUUGUAAUGGUAGUACAGGACAUUGUCUAGAGGGUUGUACGCUUGGUUGGUUUGGGGCACUUUGUAAUAAGCAAUGUCAGAUUUCAAACUGUCACAUAUGUGCUGAUGACCACUUUGGAAAAACUUAUUGUAAAGUUUGUAACACUGGAAUGUACUUUGAUUAUUCCAGUGGGUCUUGUUUAAAUUGUAGUGAUCAUUGUAUAGGGGGUAGGUUGGCCUGUGAUAAAGACACAGGAAAAUGUCCCAAGGGAUGUUAUUCUGGUUAUCAUGGGGAGAAAUGUCAGUAUGUUUGCGGAAACUGUAAAGGACAGUCAUGUUUUGUGAAUGGAACCUGUCCAUCUGGUUGUGAAAAUGGUUGGUUUAAUGAGUACUGCAGUCAAAAGUUCCCUGAACACUGUAGUGAUAGUAAACAGUUUCUAAAGAAUGGCACAUGUGGGGACUGCCAAGCAUAUUGGUAUGGAGCAAUAUGUGACAAGAAAUGUAAUGCUAACUGUAGACCUAGUGACUAUAAUGGAUAUGUUUACUGUAACAAACAUCAUGGGAAAUGUGAUUCUGGUUGUUUACCUGGUUACUAUGGUGAUACUUGUAGCAAUUCAUGUAAUGAAAAUUGUAAUUAUCGUAACUGUCAUCAGACAACAGGAACUUGUACAAACGGUUGUGAAUUCAAAUUUUAUGGAGAUUAUUGUAAUAAGAGUUGUCCAAAGAACUGUGAUCAACCAGGCUGUAAUCCUACUACUGGACAAUGUUCAGGAGAGUGUUAUCCAGGUUUCUAUGGUGAUCAUUGUCAAAUGCCAUGUAGUAAUGGAUGUAAGGGAAACAAAUGUUACAAAGUUCAAGGAGGAUGCUCUAACCUUGAUUGCAAUGAUGGUUACUAUGGGAACAAAUGUGAUGUAAAUUGUAGUGAAAACUGUUUGCAAGGAAUCUGUGAUCGAUUUGAUGGAAAAUGUUCCAAAGGCUGUUUAGAAGGAUUCUAUGGACAGUAUUGUGGGUAUGAAUGUAAAGGUUGCCAGAAUGCCACAUGUACACAAGAAGAUGGGACUUGUGUAUAUGGGUGUCUAGAAGGAAUGGAUGGACAAAGUUGUAAUGAGGUUUGUUCCUCUGGUACUUAUGGAGUAGGAUGCAAGUUGAGAUGUACAUCAUGUAGAGACCAAUCAUGUGAUGCUAAGACGGGAGUUUGUCAGUUUGGUUGUGCUGUAGGUUUUACUGGACCUUUAUGUCAAGAUGAAGUUCCGUUAUAUAGCGGUGGUAUAAUGUCAAACGAGAAGGAUAACAUAGCAGUCGCCACCAGUGCGUCUGUUUCUGUAGUCCUAACGAUAGCUGUUAUUGUGGCAGCAUGUAUUAUUGUGCGUAAAAAGAAAAAUUUUAGUUUAUGUUCAAAGACGAAAAAGAGAAGACAUGAUGAUAGUCCUGGGGAAGAAAUACAGACAAUCCAGACACAUAGUCAAGAAGAAACGAUAGAUCCAGCAGAUUUACAGUUGUAUCCAGUGAUAGUUACAGGACAAAGAUUUGAAAUCAAAUUUGGAAAGUAUUGUAGUACGUUUAGAUCAUCACCAGUCAUGGUCAGGAUAUUACCAAAUGGGAGUAACAGCACAGACUGUGAAGAUUUCUACAGAGAUGCUGCAAUGCUGAAAGAAUUGCCCAAACAGAAAAAUGUUGUCUUUUUUUUUGGAAUUGGUACUAAUUUAGGUUAUUCAUUCAGUGUGUUUGAGCUGUGUAGUAGAGGUGUAAUGUUGUCCUAUCUAAGAAACCUGACAGAAUCCUGUAGAGACCACACAUCUACAAUACUGAAGAGAAAUCUAUUAGAUUUAAUGAAAUGUUGUUUAGAUGUAGUUAGUGGCAUGGAGUAUUUAUUACAUAAAAAGAUCCUACACAGACAUAUAUCUGCCAAUGACAUAUUUCUAGAUGAGAAUAAGAGAAGUAAAAUAGGAAACUUGUUUUAUGCUGUUAAUAUAGAAUCAGAGACUGAGGAAUUACAGUCAACAAAGUUACCGGAUGAAUGUUUACCAUGGAUGGCGGCAGAAUCAAUCCAGGAAUGUAUAUUCUCAUCAAAAUCAGAAAUUUAUUCUUUUGGUGUGUUCCUGUGGGAAGUGUUGAGUUUAGGAGAAGAUGCAGGGAUUGUUAAAUCCAAGUUAUCUGAAGGGGAGCUGUUACCAAAACCUGACUGCUGUGAAAGGUCCUUAUAUCGAUUGAUGAUUAGAUGUUGGAAUGAGGAACAACAUAACAGACCAACUUUACAGUAUAUUUAUCAACAUUUAUCAGAUACUCUAGACAAUACAGAAGAAUCUCAAGAUCAGAUUGAUGUUGUAAAUGAUGUUGAUGAAGAUUACACCAUGAGAUCAACAGCAGUAUAGACAUCUGUAUUUCUCAGCUUUUGGUUGUUAACGGUUAUUCAUCAGCACACCUCAUCUUUUGGUUGUUAGUGGCUAUUCAUCAGCACACCUCAUCUUUUGGUUUUAAAUAGGUAUUCAUCUGUUUUUCUCAGCUUUUGGUUGUUAAUGGCUAUUCAUCAGCACACCUCAUCUUUUGGUUUUAAAAAGGUAUUCAUCUGUAUUUAUCAGUUUUUGGUUGUAAAUAGUUAUUCAUAUUUUGACCUAUUCCACCUAUUCCAGAGUAAAGUAUUAUUUUGUUAACAAGUUUUUUUCAUAAUUUUGUAUUAUUCAAAUAUUAAGUUUGUAUUGUUAUUGAUUAUAAAAGUUAAUCUAGUAUAUUUUUUUUAUCGCCAAAAUUAUUUUCAAAUAAGUUUGUUUUUUUAUAACAGGGUAUUGAUAGUAAUAAAAACAGGCAUUCCUUACUGUCUUCAUAUUGUUGUGACAUAGCCUUCUGACAUUCCAUUAAUAUUAUCAUGAUUCUACUUUUUAUAAUAAUAUGUAAAUUUUAUAUGAUUCUGGCAUUCUGAUUAGAUUAUUACUCAAAAGGUCAACAAGGUUCAGUGAGGCUAUAAACAAAAACAGGAAAUAGCAGUCAGGACAUGUCACUUUAUAUUAGUAAUUGUGUGGAAAUGUUAAAGUCAUACGAAACGAGUUUCUUGUAAUUUUAAUGUUAUCCAAAUUAUUGAACCCAUGCAUGCAUAUAUACUAACUAAGUCCUGUAUGCAAGUUUUUUAUAUUUAUUACAACUCUAUAAUUUAUUAUCGACAAAUAAUAUUUCACUCAGUGAUUGUUGAUUGCAAUCUUAUUAACUUUCGAGUUUGUUGCUGAAAUUUACCCGAUUUUAACAUUGAUAAACAAUCAACACAGAGCAAGUGGGGCAUGUGACAAAUAAUGAAUUGAUUGAGCAAUGAUUUUUUUUUUAUUUUCCCCUCACUUUGGUGUAGUGCAGUGGUUGAACAAAUCAUGUUCAGGUAUAAAACAAUAUACUUUGAGGCUUUUUCUCUAUUUCUAACAUUAAAAAUGCACAUUACUCAAAAAACUAAAAAAUGGGUCAAAUGAAAUACCUUAAGUUCUUGAUGAGUCAUCAUAACAGAGUAGGUGUGUUUGAAAUACAAAGUAUCAGAUAAAGACUGAAUUACAGGCAAAUCUAUUCUUAAUUUAAUAAAUGCCUCACCCCCACUAAAUCUGACACCCCCAGCAACACAUUACAUUUCAAUGAAAAAUUAACUUUAAAACCAAUAAAUUUUGACUAAGAAGCUGGCAUUUGGUUAAAUUCUAUGGUAGGAAUUCAUUUCUAUAUGAAUCAUAUGGAAAAAAAUGGCCAAAAGUAGUUUUUAAUCCUGAAACUUGCAUAGGAAAUAGAUUAUGGUUCGCUUCCUGCAAUACAUUAUUUGGUGCUAACAAUUCUCGAAAAAGAAAUUUUGACACUUUUACUUACCUUGAUCUUUUUUUCUCUGCUUCAAAAUCGCCACCCGUGUCAAACAUAGCCAACACCCUGCAUGUGGCAUUCUACAUGAUCUAAAAGCUAUUUUUCAUUCACAUAUAUGUCCCUAGUAUGGUAAAAGGGUUGAUCAAACAAAUUUCUCAAUAUUCUAAGUAGAGUUUUAUAUUAAAUUAUACUAUAACUUCGUUUUAUUCUCAUUCUAAUCACUGCCCAUGUUGCAUACAGAUGGGAAACAGCAAUAAAUGCAUGCUUUUGAUACCAGUAUCUUUUCUUUAUUUUUAUCUUUAUUUCAUAUAUGUGGAAACGAUUGAUAAUGUAUUUGUACAUUCAAUACAAGGAUAUUUAAGUGACCACUUCCUUAGAAUGAUGCAAUAAAAAAGCCAAAAAAGACUAAUUAACCAUACAUCAAAUUUUGAAUAUGUACAGAUAAAAAAAUAUAUAGUCAUAUUCAUUGUUAAUCGAAUAGCUCAAAGAACAAAAUCAAUAAAAUUCAGUGUAUAUCAACAAAUAAGGGGAGAUAAUUAAGUGUAUAUUUCCUUUAACUCUAAUGACAUUCUAAGAAAAUUGUUUAAAAUUACUACAGUAAACAUACCAAAAUAAAAUAUCUUCUAUUUCUGCAAUUUAAAAUUACUAAACAUACCAAAAUAAAAUACAAUCUAUUUCUGCAAUUGAAAAAAUGCAAGAUUUAAAUAGAAUACUUACUUAAGCCAUUCUUUUUGUCACACCAUAUUGUGAGAAUUAUUAAGACUGCUGCUUUAAUAUGCUAUACAAAUAUAAUCUAGUCCUAAAUUAAGACUUUAUGACAUUAUUUUGUAUUUAUGACUUUUCUGUGAUUUUGUAAAAAUGACAUAAUGUAAACAUACAUGGUCCCUUGUAGUAUAUAUUUUUAUCACUUGCAGUAAAUGUUUCUAUUUUUUUAGAUAAUGAAAAGUUAUAUUUUUAGAUGUUAAGGUAUAGAAUUUUAAGGUAUAGAAUUUUAUAUUUAUUUCAUUUCAUUCCAGUCACAUAUUUUUAGUGCAAAAACAUAUGAAGAUUAUUUUUAUAAAUAAUUUAUCAUGGCAAUAAUUGUAUAAUUUUGACCAUAUAUAUAUAUACCGGUAUAUAUGGCAGUCAGCAGGGUUUAAGAACAUUUGUUGUUCGACCUGUUAGUCAAAUGCGUUUUGUUAAAAUAUACUUUUUCACUUUUUUGGUCUUUUGGAAAAUGUUGUUUGUGCUGUAGUUAGACCCCUCUAACAAGAAAUUUGUUUUGCAUGCACACGUAUAAAAAUUGCGGUUUUUAUCCAACGCAAUCAUAGGUUUGAACGUUGUUUUCAAUUUAGACUUGUUUAUAUUUUUUCGUUUGGGCUUGUAUUAUAUUUGCCUUCGGGUUUAUAUGAUCCGUUCAUCCUGUUUUGACUCCUCAAAAUUCGAGAGUCUAUCCCAAAUUGAGGUAAAUUGUAUGGCUUUCCAAAUACUGUUUCGAUUCCUAACAUCACUGAAGAGACAUUUAUUGUCGAAAUCUGGAUAUGGUGUACAAAAACCUUUGCACCUUUUGUUUGCGGUAUACCAUCUUUUCCGCAAGUUUAUUGUUUUCUGUCUAGUAUUUAAUUUAUAAUUAAGAUCCAUUUAUUACAUCGGUGAUCCGUUUAUUUGGCAAUCGCCAAUGGCAGUCAGCAGGGUUUAAGAACAUUUGUUGUUCGACCUGUUAGUCAAAUGCGUUUUGUUAAAAUAUACUUUUUCACUUUUUUGGUCUUUUGGAAAAUGUUGUUUGUGCUGUAUUUAGACCCCUCUAACAAGAAAUUUGUUUUGCAUGCGCACGUAUAAAAAUUGCGGUUUUUAUCCAACGUAAUCAUAGGUUUGAACGUUGUUUUCAAUUUAGACUUGUAUAUAUAUAUAUAUAUAUAUGCAUAUGUUUUUGCUUUCUUUGAUUCAAGUAUUGUUUUUUCUAUAGUUGUAUAUAUUGUUGUUCAUAACAUAUUUAUUCAGGACAAAUAUUUGUUAAGUUCAUUCAUAAAUUUGUUCAAAGAUGUUGUCAUUUUCUCAUUAGUCAUAGUUUAUUUUUUAGUUUGUAUCUUCAUAAAUGUUGAAUUUUACAGGUAUUGCUCAAUACUAGUAGGCCAUUAAGAUCUUCUUUACAGACUUUUUCCCUGGGAAUGUAUGUGGCCAGUUCCAAUUUAAAGCAAUUUUACCUUGAAGAAAAGUAUUGAUUUGUAUGAAGAUUAAAUUAUGUUUCUUGUAGUAUGUUUGAAUCUUGACUGUUAUGCAAAAAAUUGUAGGAAAUAUCCAGAAAAGUAUAUUUCUCUACCAGAACAUCAUAGAAUUGUUUACUUGAUAAGACAUUUGUUGUGUAAAUUUUUUUUGUUUUGAGAAGAAAAAAUAAUUUUUGAUGGUUGUGAUUUUCUUUCACAAAAUUUUUGCAAUUGUGUUAAUAAGAUCUCACAUUUUACAAUUAAUGAGUGAUUCACAAUAAUAAAUGCACACAUUAAUUUCUGAAUUUAUAAUAACUGGAAUGAGUAAGAUUAGUUUAUCUACAUUCAUAGUUUAUCCUGUGAAAGAAGUCAAUGAUGUCUGUCAGUUUAAAUAAACAUGGUUUUUCAUUAAAUAUCUGUGUGUUAAAUGAAAAAAUAUAUUUCACAUGAAAAAAUUAUAAUAAAAUGAAAAAGGAGGAAUUUAUUAUUUGGAUAGGAUGUUGCAAUACACUUUGAAGUAAAUAAACAAAAUUUAUUUGCAUACUCAACUCACUCUUACUUGUCAUACCAUAGAAACCCUUGUGAAGUGCAGUCAGAAAAUCAUCGGUGGGCACAUUUAUUUCAACAUUCUGAUCCUACUCAGUUAUAUCCAAUAGCCUUUUUAUCUUUUUGCAGAACAUUUCUCUUAUUUAUACAAACAGUUCCAGAUGUGCCAGUGGGUUAGAAAUUUUUAGCUCAUAAAAAUAAAAUCAAAUGGUGUACACAAAUGUAAUACAGUUCAGAGGUUAAAAAAAUGUAGUAAAAAGAGCACUGAUUUUAAAUUGUAUUUAUUAAAUUUAUAGGUUAUAGAAUAUGACAGUAAUUUAUUUUUUAAUUUCUAAACAACAUUUUGUGCUUUUAGAUAAAAAUUAUGUUUUUAAGGACUAUAUAACUUUAAUGUCUGUUUGUAAAUCUGUGAUAUUGUUAUUACUUCCCUUUAAACACUAACCAUUCAAUACAUUAUUCAUUGUAUAUUUAUACAUAUUUUACUGUAUGUGGAAGCAUAUACUAUAUCUUUAUUUUUGUACUUAAAGAAUGAAUUAUAUUAUUUUGAAUAUAUGUAAUGUAUUAUACAUAGUAAUGUUAUGAAGUGGAUAUUUACACAAGAUAGAUAAAUGUAUUCAUGAAUGGAGUCAUCUGAAUUAAGUUUUACAUUUCCAUAUAUAGACUACAAGGUGUUAGCUAUAUAUAUAGUAACCGUCAAAAGACAACAGAGUUAUGAUGGAUAUUAACAUUAUGCAUAAUUGUAGUCAACUUAUGGGUUUAAACUUAUUAGGGCCCCGCCGAAUGGCGGACACCCUAUAGUGAUCAGUCUGCCCGUCCGUCUGGCUGUCAAUAAAUUGUGUUCGCUCUAUAUCUAGAGAACCGUUAUGAUUUCAAAGUUUAUACUUGACAUGUAUAUUAACCAACAGAGGGUAGGGCCCUACCGAAUGGUAGACGCCCUAUAGUGAUCAGUCUGUCCGUCUGUCAGUCCAUAACAAAUUGUGUGAGCUCUAUAUCUAGAGAACCACUAUGAGUUCAAAGUUUAUACUUGACAUGUAUAUUAACCAACAACAGAGGGUGUGUCAUUAUGUAUGUACAACUUUUUUACCACACGUUAUUCACAUCCGGGCCCACAGAGAUGGCUCCCAUCUCAAUGAUAUCUAGUUCAUUUUAAUUUCCAGAAAUUGUAAAAAAUAUUUAUGUUUGUUGUGAACUAAAAGAAUGUUAUUAUCAGUGAAUGUAUACACUUUUUUUAAAUUGAUUCAGUCUGCGAAAAAUAUUGUGAAACAGGACUUCAUUAUUAUUUUUCUGGCAAGGUUUUCAGCAGUAUCAUCAACACCUUAUUUAAGUCUUUUGAAUUAGUCUUUCUUAGAAGGAAUACUUAUGAUAAUUUAUUACUAUUUUAUAAAUAAUUACAUUAGUUAACAAGCAUCUCAAUAGUGUAGUAAGUGUACUAGAUCAAACUCUUGAUCUCAGCUCAUGUGACUUUAUAUUUUUAAAGUUAAGUGUUCUUAUUAUGUAUGUUUAGAAAGAAAUAUUUAUGAUACUGUAAAUUCAGAAAUUAUUGCAAGGUUUAUAUUAAUGCGAAUAUUGCGACUGCAUGAGUAUCGCAAUAAUAAAAGCUCGCAUUCUGAUAUCAGAUCCAUAUAACUGUAUGCAGAUUUCCCCGAAAUCGCAAUAGUUAAUCUCGCAUUUUAGUCCAUUCUUCAAAAUUCACAAUAAUAAAUGCACGCAAUAAUUUCUGAAUUUACAGUACAUCAUUGAUAUAUCGUAUGCUAUUGCAUUUGUAUCAGCUUGCUAUGGGAGAAAUGAGGCUCUGCACCAUUUAGCAUGCUUCAGCGACUUAAGAAUUUUCAUAAUUUAUCAAACAUUAAGUUUUGAUUAGCUGUAAUCUUAAGGAGAUUAUCCCUAGAACAGCAGGUAAUUUAAAAACCACCUUCAAACUUUUAGUAACACCAAUUUUCAAAAAUGUUACAUUUGCUGUAAAGCAACAGAGUCAUGUUAAGGUGUAGGUCCAUAAAAUAGUUAUUUCUUCUCAAAUCUGAAGAGUGAUACAGCGUUUAACCUUUAGUUUUUAUAUUGUUGCAAGUUGUGAUGAUAAAAUGUUGUAGUUAGUUUAGUGUAUACAUGUCAAAAUCACAAAACCAUUGAAAACUAAGAUAUGAACAUUUUUCCUGAUUUUUUUGGAGUUACAUAUCUUAUGAAGUGUACUCCUGGCUAGAUAAAAAAUAAAUCAUAUUUUACCAUCA